CAUCCCACUCCGACACGCCAUCUGUCACCGUGCACGUUUAUUUGAGUCUGGACAGUGGCUUUUAAGGGCGGGUGCUGCGGUUGCAGGACACCUCCUGCAGACAGGCACCCAGCGGUCUGCACAAAGCGGUACGGGGUCUGCCUUUCAAUCCGGGGCGGAGGUGGAGGUGAUGGAGGAGGAGGAGGAGGUGGAGAAGGAGGAGGGGUAUUUCUGAUUUGCCGAGCAGCAUCAGCAGCACUUUGAUGCGCUCAGAGAGAGUCGGGAGGAGGAUGCAGAGACAGGGGAGGUGAUGCGGUGACACAUGGCUGCUUGGACCGCCUGUACGCGCUGACUGCGGCUCACACUUUCCAUUCACCGGGAAUCAGGAGACGCUUCUGGACACUGCGAUGCUGAGAGACGUCGUUUGGAGGCGGACUGCUGCAGCAACCGACCGGAAUCAACCACAGACCAACAGUCUGUAAAGAGACCGGGACCUGGGUUAGACUGCUGAUCGGAUAUCCUACUGAGAAUUCAGCCCUUUUGGAUUGUCCCAGUGGUUUUUGUCCCUGUGUGGCCGCCGUAGCCAUGGGAGAUCACGUGUCAAAGAGGCUAAAGCUAAUCUCGGCUACGGAAGCAGAAAUGGAGGAGCGAUCUUUCCCAAACCCGUACCCGGACUGGGACCAGGGGGUCCUCUCCUCCAACUCCGGAGCAGAAGUAGAUUACAAGGAUCCUUUUGAUGCCGAAGGGAAGGUUUCUUCUGGCUUCCAGAAGAAAGUCCAGAGUAAGAUCAAAGAUCUCCUCCAGCAGAUGGAGGAGGGCCUAAAAACCGCCGACCCCCAUGAUUUCUCCACGUACACCGGCUGGACAGGCAUCGCCCUCCUCUACCUCCAGCUGCACCGGGUCUCCCAUGAGGCCUCCGACCUACAGAGGGCGCUGGACUACGUGAAGAGGGCCAUGAGGGUCCUGAAUGGCCGCAAAGUGACUUUUCUGUGCGGCGACGCGGGGCCGCUGGCAGUGGGGGCCGUGGUUCACCACAAACUGAAUAACGCUGCUGACAGUAAGGACUGUCUGUCCAGGCUCCUCCAGCUGCAGCGGUCGGUGCUGAGUCCAGACUCUGAGAUGCCGGACGAGCUGCUGUACGGCCGGGCCGGAUACCUUUAUGCUCUGCUCUACAUCAACAAGGAGAUAGGAGCUGACACCGUGGACGAGGGCACCAUCACUAAGGUGGUUACUGCCAUCGUGGAAUCGGGAAAGAACUUGUCAGCGGAGCAGAAGAAGAGCGACCGCUGCCCGCUGCUCUACGAGUGGCACAAGAAGCAGUACAUCGGCGCCGCCCACGGCCUGGCUGGCAUCUACUUCAUGCUCAUGCAGCCUGGAGCAAAUGUCCAUGCAGACGUUCUGUCGGAGCUGGUCCGCCCGAGCAUCGACUACGUCCGCCACAAGAAGUUUCGCUCUGGGAACUUCCCGUCGUCGCUGAGCAACGAGAGCGACCGACUGGUCCACUGGUGCCACGGAGCGCCGGGCGUCAUCCACAUGCUCAUCAUGGCCCACAAGGUGUUUAAGGAGGAGAAGUAUUUGAAGGAGGCUGCAGAAUGUGCCGAGGUGAUCUGGCAGCGGGGGCUGCUCAGGAAAGGCUACGGCAUCUGCCACGGCACAGCGGGCAACGGAUACGCCUUCCUGUCCCUUUACAAGCUCACUCAGGAGAAGAAGUACCUGUACCGCGCCUGCAAGUUCGCUGAGUGGUGUUUGGACUAUGGGACCCACGGCUGUCGCAUCCCAGACAGACCUUACUCUCUCUUCGAAGGUAUGGCCGGAGCCAUCCACUACCUGUCGGAGAUGACCAACCCUGAAGCCUCCUCGUUCCCUGCCUUCGAGCUCUGACCAGGAGACGGAUGAGGAUCAGGAUGAGGGACGAAGGGGGACGAAUGCUACUUGGACGUCAACUUGAGUCUUUGCUGGAAAACGCUGGGAAAGGAUGCAUUUUGAUUUUGAACUUUUGAAAUGAGUCAAAGAUGUUUCUGGUGUGGUUCUGAAGAUGGGACCGUCCUCCAGUGUGUUCGGGUAAAGACGUGGACCCUUUAUUGACUAUUUAUUGCCAGCUGGAUUGGACACAGGACAACACUCGCUAAACCCUCAGCCUUUAAUAUUGUAGCACUUAGGCCAAGAUAGAGGGUACGAGUGUGUGAUAGAGAGACAGAAGUAAGGUGUGUGUGUGUGUGUGUGUGUGUGUGUGUGUGUGUGUGUGUGUGUUUCUAUGCCUCUGCAUGCUUCGUGGCUCUUCGUGCCUCCUUCUGUGUAAAUGUAGUGGAUUCUUCCUCCUGUAUUUAAGAGUCUGUUUGUCUCGUCGUGGACGUAAGACGUACGAGCUUUCAUUUCAUUAACUAGUAUAAACCCAUAAAGGCAGAAACGGUGAAGAAGUCAAAUGUUAAUCCUGUGAUCAUUGUACUUUACUUUUUUUUGGUAUUUCAAGUUUGGUUUUAGACAGCAAAAUAAUACAUGAAUAAGAGUUCUUUAUUUCAAUUAAUUCAUGAAUAGUUCUUUAUUUCAAUUAAAUUAUUAUUUUUUUAAGAAACUAAAGAAGAAGAAAUUGUUUCCACGAGCAUGGACUUGACUUAGGAUCAAUAUUCAGAUGUAACUUCAGACUUCUGAGCGUUAGUCUUGUUAUCCUAAUGGCCUAAUAGUUUCAUUCUCUGGACAUAAAAGUGCACUCUGUUCCCAUGGCAGUGGCUGGUUUACACCAGAGAGGUAGUGCUGUUAGGAGACUGUACUGACCUCAUGUUACCUGGCAGAUGUUCAUGUCUAAAAGUCCAAAAUUGUCCUUGUUUAGCCUGAUCUGCCCCGGUACAACGAAUCUGGGAUGUUUGGAUCAAGUUUCCCUCUCAUAAAGAAAGUGUUAAUGUGUGGAUGUGCAAGGCCCUGGAUCUGCAAACCUGCCGUGAAUGUCGGGCUCGUGGCCUGUAGCAGUAAAACGUGUCCCUGAAUUGGAGAAAGGUUCUUGUAGAGUAUGCAAACUGAAUGUCUCAAAAAGCGUCAUAAAAAGAUUCACAUUAGUUGUCCCAGAAAGGAUGAAGGUUUUUGUCAGUUUCCAACUUUAACGUAAUGUCCGUAAACCAUGCGAAGUCAUCCAGUAACAAACUCUGCAACUGCUACUAUUUAUUGGAUAAACCAAAGCUUUUAUAGUUGUAUAUCAGCGGUGUAGCAGUAAACUAAUCAAACUGUUUUCCCCAGUAUUUUGAUGUUGGCCACUGUAGUUUAUAAGGUAUUAUUUAGUUACACAACAAAUGUUCUGACUCUGCGCGGCCAACACAAUACGAAAUUAAGACCCUGUACAGUUCAUCCAGUUGUCCCGACAGCACAUGAAUGCACAUAAAAUGCCUACUUUCUCUCGUGGAGAUCUCGUCAUGAAUGUUACUGCAUGAGGUUAAUGUCACAUGUAAACAAAAAAAUAAAUAAAAAUGUGCGUGUUCGUUCGUCCAGCCUCUCUAGUCCCAAUGUGUUCGGUGGUCGAUUUGUAUCCUGGCGACUGUGGACGUUAAAGAAAAGAUGUUAAGUGUCUGAUCUUUGCUCCUGUCUGUGUUUCUGUUUCGUCUUCAAUCGGUGUCAAAGAUUUUAAUGUGUGUUUUAUUAGUUCUCAUUAAAGUGUCAGCAGUGCUCUUCAUAACCUGCUUCAAGUCGGUGCAGCAAAGUUCAUAUUGUUGGAAAUAAAACUGAAUAGUGAUCCA